CUCACCAAAGUUUUUCUUUCGAGAAACAAAAAAAAGUUUCUCAUUCAAUUCGUUCAUUCAUGAGUAAAAAAUCUACUAAAUUUUUUUUUUAACAAUUCACGAACCACUAAACUCCGGCGAAUAAAUUGCCCGCGAUUGAUCGAACAAAUUGAAAAAUUAUUUUGAAAAUGUGUGUACGUACGUUGAUACCGAACGAGGUGACACCAGACGCUGUCACGCCGCCUCCUAUCAGCAAAUUCAGCAAAGCGAAGGAGAAGUACAUGAAAGUGCACGACGAAUUAGUCCAGAAAGCGCGCGAAUCGUCCGAAGUGUCUGAACUAGAAUUGGAAUCCGACGAUACGGACUCCCCGGAAUUAACGUCGGACAUUCUUGCAAAGAGUACAACAAUCUACGCAAAGUGUCUGGAGAUUGUCAUGAGACAUUUGGACACGUGGAAACACUCCAAAACCUGCAAGAUUCUCUUCCAGACAACUCAGCCGGCUCACGUGAUCAUGAUAGCUGCAGUUUUGUGUGUGAUAUCAGCACUUGUGCCCACUUCAGAUAGAAUCAACAGUCGAGGACAGCCACGAGCGAGAAUCAUGUCCUUAAUCUACUUAACGUCUUUCGCUUUGCAUUUUGGGGCGCAAAUUUGGAUGACUUUUGUUUCUGGUCUCUCCCUGUACUUCGCCCUGCCCCGCCACAGCUUCGGGGAGGUUCAGCGUGUCCUCUUCCCCCGAUACUUCACGAUAAACGCCUGCCUGAGCUUCACCACCCUCCUAAUUUUCGCGAAACACCACUCGGGGCGCAUCUGGGAAUCGGAAAUCACAGUGCAACUGGCAGGGAUGACCACCGCCUUCUUCAUCGAGCUCCUGGUCCGCCUGUACCUCACCCCACCCCUCAUCAGUCUGAUGUCGCAGAAGACUCUGAUCGAGCGCGCUGCGGGGGUGGGUAAUGAGGUGGGUAAGCACAAUCCGGGGAGUCUCAAGCACUGUCCCCACUACUUGAAGCUCCACGGGGCCUUUCGGAAGGCCCACAUGUUCAUCGCCAUGGGAAACAUCAUGACCAUGGUCUGCACCGUCCUCCACCUUCACUACAUCUCCAGCAAAUUAUGUGUCUUAUAGAAAGAUCGGAAAUACAACCGUUUAAUAGCGAAACGGUAAACCGGUUUAAGUCGACUCA